GCUGACCAAUAGGAGCCCGAAGCGAUGGCUGGGCGUGAGGGGCGCGCGGCGGUGCAUGGCGGACGCGGUGCUGUUCGAGUUUCUGCACACCGAGAUGGUGGCGGAGCUGUGGGCCCCGGACCCGGACCCUGGCUCAGUGGGAAAGAAGAAAAGCCUGUCGGUCCUGGAGGGCCUGGGCUUCCGCGUGGGCCAGGCUCUGGCUGAGAGGCUGCCCCGAGAGACGCUGGCCUUUAGGGAGGAGCUGGAUGCCCUCAAGUUCCUGUGCAAAGACCUGUGGGCAGCCAUGUUCCAAAAGCACAUGAACGGACUCCGCACCAACCACCAGGGGACCUAUGUGUUACAGGACAACAGUUUCCCCCUCCUUGUCACCAUGGGCUCAGGAGCGCAGUAUCUAGAGGAAGCCCCCAAGGUAAAUUCCAGGUCAUAAUCCAGAAGUCCUGAGGACCGCGGAGGGGGCGCCUUGCCCUGACCCGACCUCAAC